AUGUUACAUCGUUUAGGUAAAAAUUCUUAUGUAAGCAAGGUGUUCUUGGUUGUUGGAGUUAAUUUUAUUGCUACUUCAUUUAUGGCUGGUAUACAAACUAAUACUGCAGUACUACAGUUGCCAAUAUCACACGAAUGGUACCGGGAACAAAUUGCUGGACAUCAUCCCUCGGUGGUUAGGAAUGGCAAGCAUGAAAUUGGUUCAUUUCUUAGUUUCAUAGGACUUAUAAAGGAGGUUGGUAGUGAGACACUGUUAAAACCUGUGCAGGAAGGUGUGCGAGGAGUAUGUGAGGUAGCAUUCUAUAACAGUUUGAAGCGUCAAAACGAUGAAAAUGAUGUUUUAACGGAAUUUGCUUCAUUCGUUCCGAAAUUCUACGGAUUAAAAACUUUACGAGCUGAAGAAAAAGAGUUGGAAUUGAUCGUUAUGGAGGAUUUAGCGUGUCAUUAUAAGUGUCCGUGCAUUAUGGAUAUCAAAAUGGGCAGAGUGACCUAUGAUCCAUGUGCAACAAAAGCGAAGAGAUUAGCCGAAGCGGUAAAGUAUCCUGAACAAGAAACACUUGGUUUUCGUUUAACCGGUUAUCGGAUCCAUUCUGAUUGCGACAAGAAUGAUUUACGAGUUCGUGAUAAACAGUGGGGGAGAUCAAGGAAUUUGGAAAAUAUUGUUGACGCCUUUCGUGAAUUCUUCUCUGGAAGAAUCAUCGGAAAAAGUUACGUAGCAAUACAGGCAUUGGAACAACUAUAUAAACUUCGAAAAUGGUUCAGUUCACAACGGGUUUAUCAUUUCUAUGCUUCAUCCAUUUUGCUUGCUUAUGAAGGAAGUGUGGAACGAUCACCAAACGUUCUUGUUAAAGUGAUCGAUUUCUCUCAUGUGUUUCCCGCUAAUGGUGCUAUAGAUGACAAUUAUUUGUUUGGCUUAAACAAUAUAAGGCUUGCAGGCAAUAGUUUUGAAGUUUCUCCAAGGAUUUUGUGGGUUGGUGUUGUAGGUCGGUUUAUUUGGCUUAUCUUGCAUCGGUUGGGGGAAUUUGACCUUCGGGGGGUAUUGGAUUUGGCUCAUAUGGAGACUCUUUUAUCGGCACCAAAAAUAACUACUCCGAAUGCUUCACAAACUUUGAUGCCCAUCCAUACUCAUUCCGUUACUCAUGAUUAUAGGAUUAGCCGACAGGUACUGGGUGUGGGAAUCAAUGGAAAAGUUGUGGAAUGCGAAAGUAGAAAAACAGGCGAGAAGUUUGCUUUAAAGGUUUUGCGUGACGUGCCAAAAGCCCGUCGAGAAGUAGAACUUCACUAUGCUGCAAGUCAUCACAAAAAUAUCGUUCGUAUAUUAGAUGUUUAUGAAAAUACUUACAAUCAAGUGAAAUGUUUACUUGUUGUAAUGGAAUGUAUGCAAGGGGGUGAACUCUUCAGUCGAAUACAGCAGAGAGCACAGUCAGCUUUCACCGAACGUGAGGCUGCGCAAAUAAUGUCUGAAAUCUGUUCAGCAGUUUCACAUUUACACUCAUUGAAUAUCGCCCAUAGAGACAUAAAACCGGAAAAUUUACUUUAUAGCUGUGAUGGGCCGUCCGGUAUUUUGAAGCUAACCGAUUUUGGUUUUGCAAAACAUUUGGAUUCUGCAGACACCAGACCAUUAGAGACGCCCUGUUAUACUCCCUAUUAUGCUGCACCAGAGGUUCUUGGUCCUGAAAAAUACGACAAGUCAUGCGAUAUGUGGUCCAUAGGCGUUAUUAUGUAUAUCCUAUUAUGUGGUUUUCCACCAUUUUUUUCUGCAAACGGUUUACCCAUGUCGCCAGGAAUGAAAAAUCGGAUUAGAACAGGCAAAUAUGCUUUUCCUUCGCCAGAAUGGGAUCGAGUUUCCGAAGCAGCAAAAGAUUUGAUCAGAAAGUUGUUGCGUACUGAUUCAAGUGAACGUUUUACUAUUGAACAGACAAUGAACCAUAAAUGGAUCAUCCAUUAUCAGAAAGUUCCAGAAACUCCUCUUUUUACUGCUUCAGUGCUUGAGGAAGAGAAAUCGCAAUGGGUAGAAAUGCAAGACGAAAUGGAGAUGACUCUAGCAACGAUGCGUGUCGGCAACGAAGAUAUUCAUAUUAAGAAUUUAAAGGAUUCAAAUAACCGUUUACUGAACAAACGACUGGUGGUACGUUUGGAUUAUGUGGCGGUAGGCAAUGGUGAAAUAAUGUGCAAUAGGACCCAUGGUCCAGAUGGUUAUUACAUUGGGAAAUGUGGUGCACACAGCACUACUAACUGUUCAGUUUUUAUGGGGAUCAUUCCCCUUCAACUGCAUACACCAAGGAGUUGCGGGAUGGAAUUCGUUUCACAGUGGUACCGGUGUGGUGCCACGAUGGCACUGUUCGGCAUUCAGUUAUCUUGGACAAAGAUGUACCGUGCAGCAGCACCACCAGUUUUCAUGCCAGCGGGACAGUCAGUUGGUGAUUACAAUAUGAAAGGUACACAGGUGCCAUAUCCAGGCGCAGUUAAUGCGGGACAAAUUUAUGUGGCACCAGACAGCGCCGUUUCCCAGAAUGGGCAGAUCCCACAGACUGUGACGCUGCAAACUGGAACAGUUGGUGGGCAAAUUACUGGACAGCAGGCAUUUCCAUCGCAGUUCACUUCAACUCUCGAAAUGAACAAUGGUAAGACACCGCUUAUGAAUGUGAAUGGUGGAACUCAUCACGUUUCCAACCCCUCCAGUAAUUCCUCAAAUGAUGUACGACAGAAUAGUGAUAUCCUGUCUAAUCUUCCUCGUACAAAUUCGCAGUUAAUAUCUCCCAAGGUUUCUCUAUCUUCUACUAUGACUACAACUUUGACCCCUGCGCCAGUUGGAGCUGUACCUUCGAAACAAAUCUUUAGUGGGAAUAUAUCUGCAAUACCUAGUACAGGGACAUUUCCACAUAUGUUUCCAUCUUCUCAUCCGCUUUCACAAAUGUCACCUAAUACAGAAAUUAUGCCACCAAUGCCGUCGAUGGGAAUCAUACCACCGCCAGAUUCAUCCAUGACUCAACGGUAUUAUAGCACUUCCAUAAAUAAUGCUGCACCAGGAAUUGGAAGUGAAGCUGCACCAAAAUAUCCAACAUUUGGUGGUCCCAUAGGGCUAGGUAAUUUUCCAAAACCUGCUGGUAGUAGUGGUUCGCAGAUGCCUAUCCCCCCACAAAUGCCUGGGACGUACAGUAGUGCUUCUUCUGGAUCUCUUGGUGUUCUAUCAGUGCCUGGCGCGCUAUCCGUUAGUUAUGGUACCAGCAAUACUGGAAUGGCUGGACCAUCAAUGCAUGGAGAAAUAAUAGGAUCAUCUGCUGCAGGAUUAUAUCAACAGAAACCCCGUUUGGAUCCUAAUCUGAUGCCAAGUGUGGUUCAAGUAAUCGAAGAAGAUCGUUCAACAAAGAGUGGGACAUUUCCAACCGGUUACCCGACGGCUGAGCAUCCACCACUGACAUCAACUGAAUUUAUUGCUCAAGAUCAGGGCAUUUGUAGUCCGAAAUUUAUGCGGUGUACGCUUUAUGUCGCGCCGGCAUCGUCUGAUAUGUUAAAAAAUUCACAAAUACCAUUUGCAGUCGCUGUCACUCCAUUUGCACGUUUGCAUUUAAAUGAGAUCCAACCUCCCAUCGUGGAUUUUGGAGAAUUGGGUCCGGUAAGAUGUCAUCGUUGUAAAGCUUACAUGUGUCCAUUCAUGGAAUUUCAAGAUGGUGGUCGUCGCUUCAAAUGCCCGUUUUGCUUUGCAUCCACAGCUGUGGAUGAUUCGUAUUUUGCCCAUUUGGAUCACACCGGACGUCGUACUGAUAUCCAACACCGUCCUGAACAAUAUCUUGGAUCUUAUGAACUUGUUGCUACGAAACCGUAUUGCAAGAAUGGUUUGAAACCAAAAGAACCUGCAUUCAUUUUUAUGCUGGAUGUGUCGUAUUCUGCAGUGCAGUGUGGCCUUGUAUCAGUGUUUUGUAGAAAUAUUCGAAAUUUGUUAAACAAUUUACCCAAAGAAGUGGGCCAGGUGAAAUCGUCUUUACGCAUUGGAUUUGCAACAUACGAUCAGACUAUUCAUUUCUAUAAUCUUAAAAGUCAUAUAGGUCAACCUGAAAUGUUGGUCGUUGGAGAUGUGAACGAUGUUUUUGUUCCACUAGUAGACGGGUUUUUAGUAACUUUGGAGGAGGCCGAUGUUGUUCUGAAUAGCUUGUUGUGUGAAAUUGAAAAGAUCUUCGGCGACACGCGAAUUACUGAAACAAUGCUUGGUCCUGUUAUCCAGGCUGGUCUGGAUGCAUUGAAAUGUGCUGAUAGAGCAGGCAAAUUGUUCAUAUUUCAUACUAAUUUGCCAUUGCUGGAUGCACCUGGGAAGUUGAAAAAUCGUGACGAUCGGAAACUGCUUGGAACAGAUAAGGAAAAGACUGUUUUACAACCGCACAUCGAUUUUUACAGUAAACUAGGCGAGGAAUGUGUGAAAGCAGGUUGCGCGGUAGAUUUAUUCUUAUUCCCAAAUUCCUUCGUGGAUAUUGCAUCACUUUCACCUGUUUGCUCUCUAACGGGUGGUUCCAUAUACAAAUAUCAAUACUUUGAAAUUCAAAAAGAUAGCGAACGUUUCUUGGCAGAUCUUUCCCACGAUAUAAGUCGUGAAAUAGUGUUUGAUGUAAUGAUAAGAGUACGUACAUCCACUGGUUUACGCCCAACUGGUUUUUUCGGUUCUUUCUUCAUGGAUAAUAGCACGGACCUGGAGAUGGGUGCCAUUGAUUGUGAUAAAGCGAUUCACGUAGAAAUUCGACAUGAUGAUAAAUUACCGGAAGGAAGCGCCCAUUUACAGACGGCUGUACUGUUUACAUCAUGUAGCGGACAGAGAAGACUUCGAAUCCACAAUCUGGCUUUGGCUGUUUCAUCGGAUUAUAACCAGCUUUACCGUGUUGCUGAUUUGGACUGUUUGACAUCUUUCCUCUUCAAGCAAGCGGAAUAUUUUUUGCGAGACAAAUCUCCUAAGGAGAUGCGGGAAGCAGUGAAUGCACGUUGCGCGCAAAUGUUGGCAACAUAUCGUGAAAAAUGUAGUGAGCAAGCGCCGCUUGGACAACUUAUUUUACCAGAAUGCUUGAAACUUUUGCCUUUAUUUGCAAAUUGCAUAAUAAAGAAUGAUGCACUUAGUGGGGGUAACGACAUGACUGUAGAUGAUAGAGCUUAUCUAAUGCAUCUUAUACCAUCCUUGAGGACAGAAGAUGCACUAACUUUGCUAUAUCCUACAGUGUUUGCUAUUUCCGACUUGGUUCUCGAGCAGCAGACAGCUGAGGUAACAUUACCGGUCUGCAUACGCGCUUCUUAUGAUAACUUGUCUCCAGAAAAAGCAUAUAUAAUUUUUAACGGUAUCAUGAUGUUCUUAUGGAUCGGUUUAAAGGUGUCACAGUAUUGGGUGCAAGAUGUCUUUAAUUCCAACUCAGUUGCACAUCUCAAUGUGGAGAAUCAUAUUGUGCCAGAGCGUGACAAUGCACGGUCACGUGCUGUACGUUACGUUAUUGAUCGGAUGAACAUGAAUCGAUUGCGACAUAUGAAAUUGUUCAUAAUCCGGCAACAGGACGCAUUAGAGGCCUGGAUGAAGAAAUUUCUGGUUGAGGAUCGUACGUCGAAUAUGCCCUCAUAUGUGGACUAUUUAUGUAACAUUCAUCGUGAAAUUAGAAGUUUGCUGAGUUGA